AUGUCGUCUCAUCGGCCAAAUGCAUUUAACAGCCUCAGGAUGGGGGAAGUCAUCCGCGAGAAGGUUCAAGAUGGAAUUACAGGAGAGACUAGAGACCUGCAGUAUACGCAAUGCAAGAUCGUAGGCAACGGCUCGUUCGGUGUUGUAUUUCAAACAAAGCUGUCCCCAUCCGGAGAAGAUGCCGCUAUCAAGCGGGUUUUACAAGACAAGAGAUUCAAGAAUCGUGAACUUCAAAUCAUGCGCAUCGUUCGACACCCAAACAUCGUUCAACUCAAGGCGUUUUAUUACUCCAAUGGCGAAAGAAAAGAUGAAGUAUAUCUCAACCUGGUCCAGGAGUUCGUUCCAGAAACCGUAUACCGAGCUUCUCGAUUCUUCAACAAGAUGAAGACCACAAUGCCCAUCCUGGAGGUCAAGCUGUAUACGUAUCAACUCUUCAGAGCACUGGCAUAUAUCCACUCUCAAGGGAUAUGCCAUCGUGACAUCAAGCCUCAAAAUCUUUUGCUCGACCCCAAUAGCGGUAUCCUUAAAUUGUGCGACUUUGGUAGCGCCAAGAUUCUCGUUGAGAAUGAGCCAAAUGUCUCAUAUAUUUGCUCACGAUACUACCGUGCCCCAGAGUUAAUUUUUGGCGCCACGAACUACACAACCAAAAUUGAUGUCUGGUCAACUGGGUGUGUCAUGGCCGAACUGAUGCUCGGCCAGCCCCUGUUCCCAGGCGAGUCUGGAAUUGAUCAAUUGGUUGAGAUUAUCAAGGUCCUUGGCACCCCAACCCGAGAACAAAUUCGCACCAUGAAUCCGAAUUAUAUGGAGCACAAGUUUCCUCAGAUCAAACCCCACCCAUUCAACAAGGUAUUCCGGAAGGCGGAUGCAAACGCCAUCGAUCUGAUUGCGCGCUUAUUGGAAUACACGCCAACCGAGCGACAAUCGGCCAUUGACGCCAUGGUACACCCGUUCUUUGACGAACUGCGGGACCCAGGCACCAAACUGCCCGAUUCUAGACAUGGCUCUGGUCAGCUCCGAGACUUGCCUGCUCUGUUCGACUUUACACGCCACGAGCUUUCAAUUGCACCACACCUAAACGCACAGCUUGUUCCUGCUCACAUCAAACCGGUCUUGGCCUCACAAGGACUCGACAUCGACAGUUUCACGCCAAUGACGAAGCAAGAGAUGAUUGCGAAACUGGAUUGA